UCGAAAUGAAACACUUACUUCUCCUACCACUGUUUUGCUUCUUUGAAACAGUUUUUUCUCAGUCAUUACCAUCAUGUGAGAGUAAAAUUUACUGUCAAGGAAAAUUGCUGGACAAAAUCCAAAUGGCUCGGCUUUUCAACGAUUCAAAAACUUUCGUCGACAUGUCGUUAAAAAAUCCGGAAGACACAGUCCUUGAAAAUUUCGACAAGUUACUCGAGGAAUCUGAUAAUAACCCAAGCAAGGAUGAUUUGCAAAAAUUCGUUGAUGAUAAUUUCGAGAAUUUCGAGUUGGAAGAGUGGAGUCCUGAAGAUUACAAUGAAAAUCCCCAAUUUUUAGAGCAAAUCAAAGACGAAAGUGUUAGACAAUUCGCUCAGGAUUUGGUUAAACUUUGGCCAAAAUUUGGUCGAAAAAUGAAACCCGAAGUCAAGGAAAACCCCGAUCAGUAUUCUGUAAUUCCAGUCACCAACGGGUUUAUUGUCCCAGGAGGUCGCUUCAACGAGUUUUACUACUGGGACACUUACUGGAUUAUCAAAGGGCUUCUUUUAUGCGAAAUGCAGGACACAGUGAAGGGCAUUUUGGAGAAUUUUUUCGAAAUUGUUCAAAAUUACGGUUUUGUGCCAAAUGGGGCAAGAGUAUACUAUUUAAAUCGGUCGCAACCACCCCUUCUCACCCUUAUGACAGCCAGUUAUAUGAAAGUUUCAGACGACACGCAAUGGCUGGGCCAAAAUAUUGAUACUUUGGAAACUGAAUUGAAUUUUUGGAUGAAAAAUCGAACAAUUCAAGUUGAAUUAGAUGGAAGUACCUAUAACUUGUUUCGUUAUGACUCUGAAAGUGGAAGUCCUCGGCCUGAAUCGUACUACGAAGACGUCCAAAGUGCUAGUACUUUGGAAAAUGAGGACCAGAAAGUCCAAUUGUGGGCCGACUUGAAGAGUGCUGCUGAAAGUGGGUGGGACUUCUCUUCCCGAUGGAUGGUAAACCAAAAUGGCGGGAACGAGGGUAACCUAACAGAUGCCCACACUAGAGACAUAAUACCAGUUGAUUUAAAUUCCUUCCUGUGUCAAGCUUUCAGCAUCAUGUCUAACUUUUACAAAACCUUGGACAAUGAUGAAAAAGCAAAUUUUUGGUCCGAGCAAACCCAAACCCUCAAAACUGCAAUAAAAGAGGUGUUUUACGACGAAGAUGAUGGUGUUUGGUACGACUACGACUCUAAAUUAUCCCAAAAACGAAAAUAUUUCUAUCCGAGUAACUUGACACCUUUGUGGGCACGUGCAAAUCAUCAAAUUGACCCAAAAAAAAUUAUAAAAUACUUAGAGCAAGUUUUAGACUAUGAAGGUGGUAUCCCUGCUUCUUUGAUAAAGUCUGGCCAGCAGUGGGAUUUCCCCGGUGCCUGGCCACCCCUACAAGAAAUUGUAAUUAAUUCUUUGUACCGAACAGGGGAUGAUGAAGCAAAUAACUUGGCAAAAGAGCUUGCUCAAAAAUGGAUCAAGUCCAACAUGGAGGCUUACAAUGAAUAUGGCGCCAUGUUUGAAAAAUAUGACGCUGAACAGGCCGGAAAACCGGGGGGAGGGGGUGAAUACGAAGUCCAGGAAGGCUUCGGAUGGACAAAUGGCGUAGCUUUAAUGUUAGUCAAAUGGGUUUAAU